AUGCAGGUUUUCCAGCAUGUAUACCAUAGUUUUCAUUCGACCUCGAUGUCGUUAAUGUGUUGCUAUUCCCAGUGGGCUGCUGGUCACAAUGUCAGCUGGGAAGCUGCUGACUCUAGCGGAAGCCUUUUUUGGGUGUGUGGACAUCACGAGUUAGGUACGGCAAGCGGGAGUGGAGGCUCUGGAAUAACCAUACGUUCUUACGUGCAAAUCGGAGUUUCGAUGCUGAGGAAGGAAGCGAGGGAAAUUGACUCGCUCUGGGCCAAUAAAGAUGAGUUCGUGGGGGAGCAUGUUGCAGCCCGUAUUGCGCGGAGCAUCAAUCAGUACCCUACUGAUAGCCUCGUGGACCAGUGGAUACUCGAUGCCAAACGAAUGCAUACGCAGCGGAAAGUACUCCAUGAAGAGAAGUCAGCGUCGCUACGGGCGCUUGCAGAAGAAUGGGAGAAGCGGCUUAUCUCAGGCGCAUUGAUUCAGGAGGACUCAGGAGAAACCGGUCGCCACCAUAAACGUCAAAGGAAGCCAUCAUCAGGCGGACUCGCGACAAUAUCCGUGUCAAGUGCUCCAUCUGUGAGCAGUGCUUCUCAGGCGGCCCAGUCGGAAGGCUCACUUAGGGGAACAGUUCUUGGCAGCUGUGUCGAGCUGCCAGGAAUGGGCAGUGUUCCCUAUGUCAAACUCGCAAUUCAGAAAUUGAGGCGAGAGGCCCAUAAUUUGAUUUUUAGAUGGCAGAGCAUAGAAACGUAUAUAAGGUUAAGGAUUGUCGAAAACAUGCUGGAAAAAAAGAAUCGAAAUCCGAGUCCGGCCCAAGUCUGGCACUGGAUUGCCCUGGCGCGACAAAGUUACUCCCGCUUCGGACCACUGCGCACUCAGGAAGCUGCAGACUUGAACAGCGUAGCCGAUGAUCUUGAAACAAGGGCUUCAGCAGCGGGCCUCUUGGUACGAAGCCCGCAGGAGGCACCUGUGCAUGGAUCAGAGCUUGUCCGCGGCCAGCCAGCGCCAGCGUCGGAAGGAGUCUCAUGUGGUGCUGAAGUGACGUUCGCGCACCUUGCCAUCGAGCACUUACGGAGACAGGCAGAGGAGCUAGAUGCCACAUGGGGCAGUGCAGAAGAGCAUUUUGUUGCCACGCGCAUUGCCUAUCGCAUCGCGCGUGCGAAUGCUCCACCGCCGCACCCCGGCAAACAACAAGAAUGGGCAUUCCAGGAUCGCACAACAUUCCGUGCCGCCCGCGCCGUGCACCAACGGAAGGCACAGCACAUCAGAGAUCAAGCGGACGCCUUAGAACAGGAACUCCGCGAUCUGCUCUCUUCGACACCAAGCCGUGCAGCAGAACCUGCGCGUGAAUCUGCAUCUACUGCGGGACAGUCCUCCGAGCUCCCCUCAGGCAAAAGGAGACAGAAACGGAAGCACCUAUCUCCGAGCGGCUCCGGUAGCUUUGGAGAAGGCCCGUCACGUGGCGGUGCUACGCUUCCGCCCCUGUCCCUUUGGUUGACUCCAGUCUCCACCUUCCGCCUGUGGAGACGUCAGAGGAGACUCCGGACGGCGCAAGUCACUUCCGGGCCAGGCUCUGCGUCACCCGCAUCUCUACAGCUCCACCCGACUGAGGCAGCCUCCGAAAAAGCGUCUGGCCAUUCGCUACCAACGCCAGUCCCUGCGACACGGAGUACUGGCGUUCCGCUGCCACCAGCGGCACUGGCACUGUCCACCACCACACCCUUACACCCUGCCGGAUCAGGGAGUAGCGCUGGUGUGCCCGCAGCGCCCCAGCCCAAAAAGCGCCGACUCCUCGAUUUUGUGUCUGCUCAAGCCGCCGCACACCAACUAGCGCCCCAGAUGCACACCCCGCCACCUGGGCAAAUUUCAGGAACGUCAACACAGAUCCCAUCCGAGCAUCUGCCGCUGGGACCGCUAGAGGCGUCAGGCCCGUCACUGACAUCAUUUCUGUCAACGGGACACGCCACACCGUUUGGCCCGGUUUCUGAGAUCAUUCCACCUAGGUGUCUGCCACUCAAAAAACGCCCACUCCGGGAACCGGCAGCAACCAUCCAGAGUCCGACUGCCGACGUUGCCACCAGCGGGCCGCGCCGUGUCUCCUCGGAUUCGCUUACGGUAUCAAGCACUUCGCCUGGAUCUCAUUCUCAAGCACCGGCUUCUACGGAUUCACCGGCACCGACGUCGGCGCCACAUGGUGUGCGCGGUGUAGGGCCGCAUAUACGACGUGGCGCGCCAGAACCUCGGUGA